CAAACGGGGAUAUAGCUAUAUAAGCCCUGUCUGAAACAGUUCUGCAUUUCCACCUGGAUUCUUCAUACUCCCACAUAUCCUCUCCAAACAGGGCCCCCAAGGCAGCUGGUGUCCAACAUGAGCCUGCCGCUGCCUACUACUGCCUUGACUUUCUUUGGCUUCCUCCUGCUACACCAUGGAUCGCAAGGGCGCUUGCUCCCCAUGGCUGAUCCAAGAGGGAAUGUUCCUGAAGCCCACCAGUCCACCUCUGACUCCAGCUCUGUUCCUCUCCACGUUCUGCUGAGUUCCAUCUCCCCCAGAUCCUCCCAGUUGCCCCAAAAUGGGGUUUCCUGUAAAGACUUGAUGCCUGAUGCCCUGGAAGGUUUUGCUGAAGUCCCCAGGCUCUCCCAGACCCUCAUUCGAGCUGCGUUGGCCCUUGCCCUGCAAGGGGCAGGCUGUAGCUGGCAUGCGGAAACCCUGGUCCUGCACCUCUACAAGGAGCUGGGACAGGCAGAUGCCGACGACCUCCUGUUUGCGAUGGCGGGGGCUCUGGGGAUGGCUCGCUCCCCAGGCCAGAGGAAGAUCAGUCUUGCCUUGCAGUUCAACUUGGACCAGCUAGCGCGCACCCAGGUCCGGCACUGCAAAGGUCUGAUGCAGGUGAAUGGAUCCCUCCUGCACGGCCAGGUGCACAGUGUCUACCCAGGGUUUCUGGCGGCUUCUACAGCCUGCCACCGUCUAAGAGAUUCUUGUGCUGGAGUGGCCUCCAAUGGCAGCAGUUUCUUCCACGUGGUGAAUCGAGAGGGCAGCUGCUUCCUGCCCCACAGUGGUGCCCGUUCCUGGCUGCAUCAAUGCCAGAGGCUUGCAAGAGUCCAGCGUUCCAGCCCCGAAGAUUGUGCCAGCGAAAAGGAGCAACAAGUACAUGCAGUCAUGGAAUGGAUACCUGGGGUCAGCACCUUCUACAACUUUGCAACCAGCAUCUACUUUGCAACCCAGAACUGCACAGAUCUGGCAAAGGACCGUGCUAUAGAUGGUGCCAUAGAUGUGGGCCAGGAUGCACUGCUAGCUGUGACAGGAGGUGCAAGCAGUGCUAUUGGGGUGGGGAUUUCUGUGGGGCUAAAGCCAAGGAUCAAAAGUGGUGUGCGUGCUUUGAUCCGCUACUUCACAGAGAAGGAAGAACCUUAUCCUGUUCCCUCCAAUCACUCUGGCAUGGUCACCAUCAUCUAGUUGUUGCAACAUAGUUCUUCCUAUCCCAGACCAAACGUCAGUUGCUAUAAUGUUGAUGUUUUGGUAAAUUAUCUAUAUUGCGGUGCUUACAGAACAUGAUAUUUUUGGGGGAGGGGAAUAGAGGACCCUUGUUUGCUACCUGUCUGCUAGGGCACCUACAUUUGCUUUUUUUAAAAAAACUGUCUCUAAAAGUAUUUGGGUGCAGAGUUUUUGUAUGUUGCAGAGGGGCAGUAGGAAGAAUCCCAGGAUGGGUUGGGAUUAAUGCUCAAGGGGAUAGUUUGAGCACCAGUCACAUUGCUUAUUAAUUUAUUCCCACAUUUCUUGUUUGUUCUGCUUGUCAUAACUUAGAGCCUCCUUGCAUGCUUCUCUUUUCUCUCUUCCACCCCCCCCCCAUUUCUUCUUCCUCAUUCCAUACAUCCUAAUUGCAUUCAAAGGCUGUGUUUAUGCUAUCCACUUAGAAGUGGCUGAUAAUAGCAUUUACAAUCUGCAAACUUGGCGGGUGGUUACUGAAGAAUGCUUCUUCCACCCUUUGCCUGCCCAGGAUGUCUCCAUUCAAAAGUGUGUGGAAAUUGUGAUCAGAAUGAUGCAGUGCUGUGCUAAUUUGAGUUGUGGUGUGGAGAAGGCCAAUGUUGUUUCUCCCAUUUCUGGUCAAAUGUCACCCAAAGAGAUACAAUGAAUAGAACACCAUAGGUGGGUGUGCUAUGUGUGCAGUUAUGCAAAUACAUACGUGUAGGAAACAAACUGUCAAAGGCCACAGAUAAGCAACUCUUGCCUGAACAAUUCCUUCUAUGUUUGAUGUUUAGGCUGUGAGUACCUAAGUAGCUGAAAUGGUACCACUCACGCAUGAGAGGGAGGUAGCAAUAGCUUUACGGGAACUCCCAAGAUUUGCAGAACUACAUAAGGAUUUGGAGAUAUAAACCCUAAGGGAGGGAAUGCCCAAUGCAUUUUGGUUCUGGAGGACGAAAAUCCAAAUGGAUGAUCUGUUUUCACACUAAAAUAAAUAUUAACUAACAAGUUGCAGAUAAUGCUGAUUACUGCUAGUUUCCUGUUCCUUAUCUGUACAAAACUUUGAAACUCAGCUCAAUCAGAAAACCUUUUUCAAACUAAGGUUUAUGUGUCCCUGAACCUCAAGCUAAGCUUUGCUCUACACCAUAUUUCUCCAUGACCAAGACAUUAUACCCUUCAAGAGCCAUAAUAAUUUUCUUCAAUAAAAAACGGAUGUCUUAGUGCUGUGUUCAUAAAUGUGUGAUCCCAGAUGACAUAAAUAAGGAAUUUGGUAUGUGCAUCCCAUGGUAAUAACAUAAGAGCCCUGCUGGAUCAGGCCAGUGGCCAGUCUUCUAAUCCAGCAUCUUCUUCUCACAGUAGCCAACCAGAUGCUCGUAAGAAGCCAGGAAGAAGGACUCAAGCGCAACAGCACUCUCCUCACUUGUGAUUCCUAGCAAUUGGUAUUCAGAGACAUGCUGCCUCUGACAGCGGUGGUAGUGCGUAGCCUUAGCCUCCAUUAAUUUGUCCAACCCUUUUUUAAAGCCAUCCAUGUUGGUAGCCAUCACUAUACCUUGUGGGAGCAAAUUCCAUAGUUGAACAAUGUUCUGUAAGAAGCACUUUGUUUUGUGUGUCUUGCGUCUUCAGCUUCAUUCAGCUCCCUGGGUAGCCCUGGGUUCUAGUAUUAUGCUUACAUACUUCCUCCACGUCAUGCAUAAUCUUAUAUACGUCUGUCAUGUCCUCUGCUUACUCACCACUUUUCUAAACUUAAAAGCUCCAAAUGUAACCUUUUCUCAUAGGAAAAUUGCUGCAACACCUUUGGGUCACCUCAAAUUAUGGAUGACAUUUUCUUGAUGAUUUUAUGUUGUUCACCACCUUGAUUUUUUAAAAUGUUUCGUGGUAUUAAAAUAUUUUGAAUAAAAAUAAUAAAUAGUAAAAAUAAUAACAAAUCAUACAUCUCCAUCUCCAGAAGAGUAUCCUGUAUAAGAAAGCAUUGAAUCACAUCCAUCCCAACAUUUCGUUUGGGCACAGGACACUGUCAAACAUACCAAUAAUAGCCAAAGAGCGUGGGGUGUGUGUGUUACACACCAAAAUAAGCUUUAGGCCUCCACAUAUCAUACACCUGCAUGUCCAGGAGCAUGACUCUUCCUAGGUAGCAGUACCAUUGAGUUGUAUCUGAUCCAACACUUGUUUGAGCGCAAGACACUGUCAAGUGUGGCAUAAAAGUUUGCUUACAGGAUCAGGUGAUGACCACAACAUCACCUGGUGGCUUGCAUUUGUGAAUGGGCCGUCAGCAAUGUAACACUGCAGACUGAAUUUGCUUGUUUUCACAAGCCAAGGCUUUUCAGUGGGCUCCGUAUGCAUCUUGGGGUCAGCCUUCAAUUGUAAAGAAAUCAGAUGAUGUAGAACAGCAGUUCCCAAACCUUUCCCCCACAGAUCACUGGAAAAUUGCUGAUGGUCUCGGUGGACUACUUCAUUUUUAAAAAUCUGUUGUAAUGAUUGUAGUAUGCUGUGCUAAAUGCUGUAUUAUUAACUGUAUCUUUAUUGAUUCUUUUAUUGUA